AUGUCAGCCUCCGUGGACUUAGAGCUGAAGAAGGCUUUCCAAGAGCUUCAGGUGCAGGUGAUUGAGACCAGGAAUCGCGUCAAACAGAUGGACCUACAGAUGGAUGCGCUGAAGAGGUCGUCCCAACACUCGCGGAUCACAUUAACACAACUCAAUGAUAUGCCAGAAGACACGCUUAUGUAUGAGUCGGUCGGACGGAUGUUUGUGUUGAGACACAAGAGUGCCAUCAAUCGACUCUUGGAGGACAAGGUCCUCACCAACGACGAGAAGUGCAAACAAUUGUCGCAAAACAAGACAUACAAUGAGAGCAAAGUGAAGGAGUCGGAGAACAAUCUGCGGGAACUGAUCAACACUAAGAAACUGAACCCAUGA